CCCUGCCCUUCCUCUUUUCCGUUUCCGGCGGAUGCCCCUCCCUGUUAGCUGUUAGCCGUUAUCCUCUUAGCUCUGGGGCCGGACGACUGGAGAAGACGCCGGGGAGUUGUUAGAGGAAAAUAAAGUAGAACAGGAGGAGAUGGUCCCGGCGGGGGACGGCAAAGGUACAUCGUGACCGGACAGCGUUCUUGCCAAAAACCAAAGCUGCUUCCCGAUAACCAUGCAAUCACUCCCUGCGUGUCCUCGCCGUUAGUGUGUGUUGGUCUUAGAUCGUGAGCCUUUGUGAGCGUGUGUGAGCAAGAACUUGAAUAAUCCAGGAUGGGUUUUGGUCGGGAUCUCAGGAAUUCCCAUGAGGGAUUACUGAAGCUGCAGGACUGGGAAUUAAAGUUGCUGGAAACGGUGAAGCGCUUCAUGACACUGCGCGUGAAGAGCGACAAAGAAUACGCCGCCCUGCUGCUGAGCCUGACUCAGCAAACUGAGAAACAGGAAGCUGCUGAUUACAUCAGCACGGUCAGCAAGUCCUGGUCGCAGGUGAUCCGUCAGACUGAGGCGUUGGGUCGAGUGAUGAGGAGUCACGCUGACGACCUGAACUCUGGUCCUCUGCACCGCCUCGCCACGCUGAUCCGAGACAAGCAGCAAGUGAAGAAGAGCUACCAGAGUCUCCAUCAGCAGCUGGAGAGCCACAACCACAAGGUCACCAGGAGUGAGCUGGACAAGCUAAAGGCUACAUAUCGUCAGCUAAGUCGUGAAGCUAACAACGCCAAAGAGAAAUACAGAGAGGCUCUGGCCAAAGGAAGGGAGGCCGAGCGAGCCCGCGAGCGUUACGACAAAGUGACGGCAAAGCUCCACAACCUUCACAAUCAGUACGUGUUGGCAGUGUGUGGGGCAAGAACGCAGCAGGAAGAACACCGACACCACGCUGCACCUGCUCUCCUGGAUGCCCUCCAGAGGAUGCAGGAGGACAUGACACUUGCGCUCCGCAGCAUUCUGGAGGAGUACUGUGAGAUCAGCAGUCUUCUGACUGACGACAUAGUGAAGGUUCAUCAGGAAAUCUCAGCAGCUGUUCAGCAGAUCGACCCGGUGGCUGAGUACCAGCCCUUCAUCGACGCCUACAGGUCUCCCGAGACUCCAGAGACGAACGUUGAGUUUGACACGUCGUUGUUGGAGGACACGGACAACCUGCCAGCCAAUGACAUCCUGUGGAACACACUGACGGCAGACAGCCUGCAGACCAUGUUGUCGUCGGCAACAGAAGAGCUAACGCUGACUCAGCAAAAUCUAAGAACGAAGGAGGCCUUGGCCGACGACCUUGAUGCCAAGAUCCAGACGAGUCAGCAGAACGCAGAGAAGACGAGCGACUGCGUCCUUCUGCUCAGUCAGAAACUCUCUCUGCUCGAGCUCCGUCACGCCGUCCAGUCACUACGCUCGUCUGAGGCCCGUCUGGCGUCACAGAAGACUCUGUUGGACGCCAAGUUGGCCGACGCCGCCACGUCCCCUCCGCCGCCGCCUCCGCCUCCAGCUCUGCCUUACGAAGACGACUCUCGCUCUGUGGGAUCAACUGAUAAGGCCAAAGAGCGGAGCUCCCGCUUCGACACUCUGCGUCACUCUCUGGCAGGAAUGAUUCGCUCUCCUAAAUCGAUGCUUGGCUCCUCCUCCUCGCAAUUCUUUGACGUCAUCCCCACAUCGGAGCGCCCACUAGCAGAGCAGGAGUGGUAUCACGGCGCUAUCCCCCGGACCGAGGCUCAAGAGUUACUGCGGCAGCAGGGAGACUUCCUGGUGAGGGAAAGUCACGGCAAACCGGGCGAGUACGUCCUGUCGGUGUUUUCUGACGAGCAGCGGCGGCACUUCAUCAUCCAGUUUGCCGAUAGUCAGUACCGUUUCGAAGGCACCGGCUUCACCACCAUCCCUCAGCUCAUCGAACAUCACUUCACCACGAAACAGGUCAUCACCAAGAAGUCUGGAGUGGUGUUGCUCAACCCUGUCAUCAAGGACAAGAAGUGGAUCCUGAACCACGAGGACGUAGCAUUAGGGGAGCUGCUGGGGAAGGGUAACUUUGGAGAGGUGUUUAAAGGAACUCUACAGCGGGACAAGUUACCAGUGGCUGUUAAAACCUGUAAAGAAGAUUUACCACCGGAGCUGAAAAUCCGCUUCCUGUCUGAGGCCAGGAUCCUGAAACAGUAUGACCACCCGAAUAUUGUGAAGCUGAUUGGCGUUUGCACACAACGACAGCCGAUCUACAUCGUCAUGGAGCUGGUACCAGGUGGAGACUUCCUGUCGUUCCUGAGGAAGAAGAAGGACGAACUGAAGACCAAGCAGCUCGUCCGUUUCUCCGUGGACGCUGCUGCCGGAAUGGCCUAUCUGGAGAGUAAGAACUGCAUCCACAGGGACCUGGCAGCCAGGAACUGUCUGGUGGGUGAGAGCAGCGUCUUAAAGAUCAGCGACUUUGGGAUGAGUCGUCAGGAAGAUGACGGCAUUUACUCUUCAUCUGGGCUCAAGCAGAUUCCUAUCAAGUGGACGGCACCUGAAGCCCUCAACUACGGUCGUUAUAGCUCAGAGAGUGACGUGUGGAGUUAUGGGAUCCUACUGUGGGAAACCUUCAGUCUGGGAGUGUGUCCUUAUCCUGGGAUGACCAAUCAACAGGCCCGAGAGCAGGUGGAGAAAGGUUACAGGAUGACGUGUCCUCAGCGGUGCCCUGAAGAAGUGUACAAAGUAAUGCAGCGCUGUUGGCAGUACAACCCAGAGGAGCGGCCCAAGUUCUCCGACCUGCAACGCGACCUCAGUGCCAUCAAAAAGAAGUGAUGAUCAUCACGCAGGCCAAAACAAAAGUCACUUUUAAAUUAUAUGGACGGGGCCGACGGCGGGUUAAACACCUGUGUUAGCAUUCAGCUAAAAAAAAAAAAAAAACAACACCCGA